AUGCACGCGCACACCGGUCACGUGUGCCAUGAGGUGUUCUGCAUGAUGGAGUGCCCGGGAGAUCUGUACGCUUCGGACGAGAACGGCUGUCAGACAUGCGGCUGCGCAUGCCCACAACUCAAGUGCCUGCCCUGCCCUAAUCAGAUGUACGCGAAGGACCAGUACGGGUGCGACACCUGCCACUGUGAGUGCAGCGAGCUCAACUGUAACGACGCCUGUCCCGGCGGCAUGUACGCGAAGGACCAGUACGGGUGCGACACCUGCCACUGUGAGUGCAGCGAGCUCAACUGUAACGACGCCUGUCCCGGCGGCGUGUAUGCCAAGGACGAGUUCGGCUGUGACAUCUCAUCUGCUAAACUAGCGACGACCUUGCAGCGUCUGCAACAAGCUUGCAAGGUCAUGGGAAGGUCCUGA